AUGCCUAUGUGUGUGUUGGCUGGUAUUCCCCGUGAUCAAGUAUGUCACCAUUCCCCUCCCAUGCAGGCCCAACCUAUACAUUUAGCCUAUAAUCUCAUAUCCUACGUCUCACAGAGUAAAUUUUUGGCUGAUUCCAGGUCUGCCCAGGCAAUACGAAAAAUUAUCGCUGACCAUCCUUUCUUGCAAUCUCCUCUUCAUCAGGUUGCUUUGAAAGAGGACGUCUACAGCCUCCCUGAUCUUCCACUUUCUGCUGUUCUCCUCAUAUUAGGCCAUUCUUUCCGUUGCACUCCAGCCAAUUGUGUGGUCGGUCAGGGCAAUGUGUUCAACUGUUUCUGA